AUGAAGUUGAACAUAAGGGGAGCCCGCAGCUAUAUCUGCGGUGCUGGGGAGAUGCGGUCCUGGAGCAGGAUCCUGCACAGGAAGAAAGCGGAGGUUCCCAAGGAACCAGAUUCCGCACCGCAACUCCCCAAUCUCCCCUUCAACAACAACAACCAAAAGCAUGACAUGACCGGGUCAGCUUGGACCUCGGACGACACUUCUCGCACUGCAGACGCUGCACUACCACGCAACACCUCACCCACCACGAUGCCGCCACACACCUCACCCCGCAACGUCUCAGGCCCGCUCGCUGUCGACAAGCCCCCCAUGAGCCCUCUGAGCCCCAUGAGCGCCGACGAGAACAGCUCAUGGGCGCGCCCAAACCACUACAACACACCCAACUCCAAGACAUCGCAGUACAUUGAUAAGAUCACGCAAGAAAACGAUCGUCUGCGUCGCGAGCUGCGAGCCGAGAAGCUUGCGCGAGAAGACGAGGCCAAACGAGUGUCGGCCGCCCAAACCAAAGCCGAGGAUUCUCGCGCCGAGUACGAGCACUGGCAGGUUCUCGCCAGUACCAAUGCUCGAGCCAUCGAACGCAAAGACCGGAAGCUGGAAGAGCUCAAGGCAUUGCUGGACAUCGAAGUUGCCAGGAGGAAGUCCGCAGAGCUGCGCGCCGAGGAAGCCCUGAAGAUGCUCGGAGACACGCGGUCCGAGACACAACGGCAGCUGUCACAAGCAUACGAGAUGAAGGGAAUGGCCGACACCAACCUUGAGACUGCCCGCGAUGGCUUCAAGCGCAUGACAGAGGGAUACGAGCGCAAAAUCCGCCAGAUCAACGACGAGCUGAACGAGCUGCGAAGGAAGCGCCUCGAGGACGCCGACAAGAUCAAGCGCCAGGCCAUCAUCAGCGACCAGCUCCAACACGAGUCGUCACGAGCUAUCCGCACCGAGGCCAAGCUGACCAAUCUCAUGGAGGCUUACAAGACCGAGCACAAAAAGGAGGUGGAGCAGCUCGUCCAGGAGGCAGAGAAGCUGCGACGUGUACUCCCCGAGAAGGAGCGUGAGGCCCAAGAACUGGUUGACUCGCUGUGCCAGACUCGCGAUAAGAUGCGCUGGGUCAUGACUCAACAGCAGCGCCAGACUGGGACCUGAAUCCAUCUUCCCCACACUUCGCACCAUUGCCCACCAACACGGUAGAGGAAAUAGACAACUACCGAAACAAAACGGACACGAAACCGCCACAUUCGACGGUACACCCCCGGUGCAUAGACGAAAUACCCAUUGGUCUCUGCUCCCCAUACAGCACGACGAUAAUGACCAAGUUUUGUUUCCCGGGGUUCAUGGCAAUCUGUAACAUAUCUGGAUACGGCGUUGGGGUUUGGGCAAGUAUCACCGUAUCAUGCGAGGAUGAGAAGGCGCUUUCUGGGUAUCACGAGCAAGUCCAAUAGUAUGCUCGUGGGGUCAUUUGAGUCGGUUUGCAUUUUCGUGCACGCAUAUUUACAUACUGGUUCUUUCACCUAAUUCAAUUUGUCACUCUGGUC